AUGAAGCCACCCGAAUCAGCUAUCAAAGCUUUUCAACAUAUUUCGGGAGAGCCUCAUACCCCAUCAGCUAAAUGCCAACUAAGAGCCGGAAAGAGGCUCUCGUCGCUAGAGCCUGAUGUGAUGUUGAGAAUUGAAAAGCCUCAUUGGGUGAAGCAAGACAACACCUGGCACAACAUUUGCUUGAGGCUAGACUGCGUACCGCGGUCGGCAUACGCCGUUGAAAACGAUCACCGGAUAUAUCACAUUACAAAGCUCGCGCGGAAAAUGCUAAUGACUAGCGGAAGUGGGAAGAAAAUCGAAAUUUGA